AUGGCUUCAUCCGACAAGUCACUAAGCAAUUCCAUAUUGGAGAAGAUCGUCAAAGACUGGCCCAAGUUGGAUUUACAGUCUCAGGAGAAACUGUCACAUUCGUUGACACAAUCUAUCGCCCGGAUGAUAUAUGGCUCCAACAUGAUUGAGUUCGCUGGGUCCAGCCUUGACAUUACAAUUAGCAUGUGCCAAGAUGUCUUCCUCAGCAAAUCCGCAGACCCUGCUGGCAUCCACGACUAUAAUCCUAAUCGGUUCUCGUUUUCACAGCUUGUGGAACAUCUGAAAGCCAAUAACCGCCCAACCAACCUUGCCGAAGUCGAAAAAUCCAUCCGCGAAGUCGUCCAGCACAUUCAAGCUCUUGUUCAUGUUCUUAUCCACAUUGUGAUAAACGAUCGUGCUUGGACGGAAAAGCUCCUCUCCGAAACUCAUCAGAUUCUAUACAAGGGACUCGACAAGGAAGUGGAGGCAGGCAAGUAUCGGACAUUCGAAAUCGCAAUUCGGUAUGGUAAGACAGAAAAUCAGCCAAAAGUCAAGCCUUGCUUGCGUGCCAGCGCUGUACGAGGCUACAUGAAGGAGUUCAUAGCUCAUCUCAAGAAAGAUACAAAGACAGAAAUGGAUCCUUUCGAGCGUGCAGCUUGCUGUCAUCACCAGUUCAUCAACAUUUACCCAUUUGGCAAUGGAAACGGAAGAAUGUCUCGUAUUUUGGUGACUGUACUGUUGCUCAAACACGCCGGUGCUGUGUGCGAAAUUGGGCUCACCCAGGAAGAGAGGGAUAAGUACGUUGCCAUCUGUAUAAGAGGGGCGCGGAAGUUCUACGAAGAGGAUAUGGAAGUAGAUUAUGACGAACGGAUGGGGCACUUGAGGUUGGCAAGGUUUAUCAAGGAGAAGUCGAAGAGUUGGAAAGACUGGAAAAUGAAAGAAGAAUAG